AAGCGCGCUUCCCGCGGGUCUGACUCGCCGUGAAGGACGUUGGGGUUGUAGGUUCUACGCGGGUUGGAGGGGCAGGCAGGGGAGCAGUAAGGAACCCGAGGCGGUCGAGAGACCCGCACGAAGACCCUUCGCUCAGCCCAGAGGCAGUUUGGAGUUUGGCUUAAAGAAAACGAGGGUCAGGCUUUUCCUCGAAAGCCGUCGCCCUCCCCUUGGCUUCCGAGGACAAAGAGCACAAGAAGACUUCACGCUGGGGGCGCUGGGGCCGGCCAUGGUCAUGGAAGUGGGAUCCCUGGACGCCGGAGGCCUGAGGACGCUGCUGCGGGAGCGCGCGGCGCAGUGUCUGCUGUUGGACUGUCGCUCCUUCUUCGCUUUCAACGCCGGCCACAUCGCCGGCUCCGUCAACGUGCGCUUCAGUACCAUCGUGCGGCGCCGGGCCAAGGGCGCCAUGGGCCUGGAGCACAUCGUGCCCAACGCGGAGCUGCGCGGCCGCCUGCUGGCCGGCGCCUACCACGCCGUGGUGCUGCUGGACGAGCGCAGCGCUGCCUUGGAGUGCGCCAAACGCGACGGCACCCUGGCUCUGGCCGCCGGAGCGCUCUGCCGCGAGGCGCGCGGCGCGCAAAUCUUCUUGCUCAAAGGAGGAUAUGAAGCUUUUUCUGUUUCCUGCCCGGAGCUCUGCAGCAAACAGUCGACCCCCAUGGGGCUCAGCCUUCCCCUGAGUACUAGCGUCCCUGACAGCACCGAAUCAGGGUGCAGUUCUUGCAGCACUCCACUCUACGAUCAGGGUGGCCCAGUGGAGAUCCUGCCCUUUCUCUACCUGGGGAGUGCCUACCAUGCUUCUCGCAAGGACAUGCUGGAUGCCUUGGGUAUCACUGCCUUGAUCAACGUCUCGGCCAACUGUCCCAACCAUUUUGAGGGUCACUACCAGUACAAGAGCAUCCCCGUUGAGGACAACCACAAGGCAGACAUCAGCUCCUGGUUCAAUGAGGCAAUCGAUUUCAUCGACUCCAUCAAGAAUGCCGGCGGAAGGGUGUUUGUCCACUGCCAGGCGGGCAUUUCCCGAUCGGCCACCAUCUGCCUCGCUUACCUCAUGAGGACUAACCGAGUCAAGCUGGACGAGGCCUUUGAGUUUGUGAAGCAGAGGAGAAGCAUCAUCUCCCCCAACUUCAGCUUCAUGGGCCAGCUGCUGCAGUUUGAGUCCCAGGUCCUGGCCCCGCACUGCUCGGCGGAGGCUGGGAGCCCGGCCAUGGCCGUGCUGGACCGAGGCGCCUCCACCACCACCGUCUUCAACUUCCCCGUCUCCAUCCCCGUCCACCCCACGAACAGUGCGUUGAGCUACCUUCAGAGCCCCAUCACGACCUCUCCCAGCUGCUGAAAGGCCACGGGAGGUGAUCUUCACAACCCAUUGGGACUCCAGGCUCCUUCUUGCAAGGAGACAUGCAAUAACUCCAAGGAAGGGGGCUCGCGAGGGCUGGUCCUUCCUUAUUUAAUUUCAUCCGAAUUCCACUGGGUUCCUGGGCGGUCCUGGGGAUGACUUAGUGCCAAGACCGUCUGCUGAACUCAGCACAUUGGGGACCAACAUGCCGUGGGUGCAUCAAGUCUCUGACAAAAGGGGCAGAAGAGAGAGGACUCGGUGUGCGAGCCGAUUUUUUUCUGCUGGGCCCUGUUUCCUGAAGAAACUUCAUGCUUGACAUACCUACCAGUGUUACCAUUCCCAAUGACACAUACGUAUGAGACUGGACUUGAUUUUAUUUAUUUUUGUGUCGGUGAUCUGCCUUCACAGUUGUCAGCGUCUACUCCUAGAAGAACCAUAUACCUCAAUUUUUGUGUUUGAGUACUGUAACCUCUUGUAAAUAGAUCCUGAGCAGGUUUGUUUUCAGCACUGAUGGAAAGCACCAGUGUUGGGUUUGUUUGUUUUUUAAGUUGCCAACAGUUGUAUGUUUGCUGAUUAUUUAUGACCCGAAAUAAUAUAUUUCUUCUUCUACGAAGACAUUUUGUUACAUAAGGAUGACUUUUUAUACCGCAGAAUAAAUUAUGGCAUUUCUAUGGAAA